UUUCAUUAUUUUAGAAAAAAAAAAUAAAUCUGUUAGUAAUACUUUAUACAAUAAAUUAAUGAAUAAUAAAAUUAUUAGUUAUUUAAUGUUAGGCUAGAGUAGAUAUUAUAUUUUUUAAUAGCGCAAUAAAGAAAUAAUCUCGAAUUUCUUUAUUAUGUCGAUUUUUUUUCUGGUAUAAGUACAAAAAAAACAGUAUUAGCUAGAACAAACACAAGUAGAAGACAUUUUUUUUUUCUAAAAAUUAAAUUAAUCAAAACAUUGUGAAAAUACAACGACCAUGCGUGUUUGAAGCGUUUUGAAUGAAUAUUUUUAGGUUAUGUGAAUUUUUCAAAUGAAAAAAAAAGAAUGAAUAUUCUCAUAUUGGAACAUGUUAAUUUAGAUAACCCUAUUUUUGAGAGUCUUGAGAUUCAUUAUCAACAAGCUGAUCAGACCAAUAAGAUGAAUAAUAAAAAUGAAUUACCGGAUAAAGGACCAAAAUAUAAUUUAAAAGGAAUACAAGCUCAUCGAUCGUGUACACAAAUUUUGCUUGACUCAUCGUUAAGUUUUAAAUCGACAAACACUGGGGAUUUGCCAUUAUUGGCGAUCAAAAAAUUAUUCGUUACAAAUCUCUCAGUUACGGUCACUGUAGAUGAAUUAAUAGAAAUAUUUAAAACUCACGGUGAGGUAAGCGAGUGUGUAAUAAAAAAAAACAAAAAAAGUAACUAUGCUUUUGUUACGUAUACAAAAGUUAAUUGUGCGAUAAAAGCAUUAAAAAAUGUACAUGGUAAAAGUGUACAUGGAAAAAAUUUAACUGUAAUACCAGCAGAUCCUCGACAUCAACCAUAUCCAAAAAAACCGCCAAAUGAUAUUGACGAGCCAAAGAUAACAAAUCAAACAGAUAAUUCAAAUUCAAGUGGCGAAUUUUAUCCCUUAGUUCAUAAAAUAAGUGACACUUGUUUAAUGCACAUUUUUCAAUAUCUCUCAAUUGCCGAUCGAAUAAAAGUCGAAAGAGUUUGUCGACGUUGGCGUGAUUUAAGUUUAGAUUCAUGGCGAUCAUUGAGAAGAUUGGAUGUAAAUUCAGUUUCAUGGGGCUGUAAAAGUGGUAAAAUUGAAACCACUGAUCUUUAUCAAAUUUUAAAACGUUGCGGACGUUAUAUAACGACAAUAACAUUUUUUGAAAAACAUCGUAUGAUGCCAUUACGUACAUUAUUUAUUAUUGGCAAAUAUUGUCCAAAUUUAAAAAUUGUCUAUUUAGGAACAUUAGAAGUGACACCACGUGAAAUUGAUUAUCUUUUAUCGCAAUCGCCAAAUAUUGAAUUUCUUGAAUUUGAUUCAUUUCAUUUUCGUGAUCGUGAUUUUCAACGUAUUUUUGAAAAAAGUGAUAAAUUAACAUUUAUUAAUUUUGAUGAGACCAAAGUUGAUGGCAGUUGUUUUACACAUUUACCGGAGGAUGUUGAAACAUUUGCAUUUUGUGAGCCAAAAAAGAGAACGGAAUUCUAUGCUUUUGAAUUUGUUGUACAAAAAUUGAAGAAACUUGAAAAUUUGUAUUUGAAUUUUUCAAGUAAUUCCGAAGGAAAUGAAGAUAGUGAUGAUUAUUUUGAUGAAUAUUUGGAUGAAAAUGAUGAUUUUCAGGACGAUGAUGACGACGACGAUGAUAAUCAUGAUGACGAUUAUUUAUUUCAGGAUCUUGAUGAUGAUUACGACAACAAUGAUGAUAUUCAAGAUGAUGUUUACGACAACAAUGACGAUGAUUUAAAUGAUGAUUUUCAGGACGAUGUUUACGAGGACGAUGAUUUAAAUGAUGAUAAUGAUGAUUAUCAGGAUUUAAACGAUGGAUGUUACAGUACGGAUGAUGCGGAAGAUUUAGAUAUAUUCGAAGACGAAGAUGAGGGGGGAAAUUCAAAUUCAGAAACAUCGGAUAAUCGUUUAUUAACAUUUAAAACGCCCGACGAACAAAUAUUAAAUUCCCCAAUGUCUAAUGAGGAAAAUUCACCAGACAAAGAUGAAGACGAAGAAGAUUAUGAGGAUUAUAAUGAUGUAAGUUCAACAAUUACUGAUAUUAUCGAGCAAAAGGAAAUUAAUUCCGAUGAAACGGAAAUUGAUAAUUUACAAAAUUCCACUAAAAAUGAAACAAAUGAUGAUAAUCAAAUAAACGCAGCGAAAUUAUUCGAAGAUCAAAGUUCAACUUCAAAAACAUCUGAGAGUCAAUCAUUAAAAACGUCCGAAGAGCAAAGUUCAAUUUCAAAAAUAUCGGAAAAUCAAACUAAAAGCACGUCUGAAGUUUCAAUUUCCAAAUCAUUGGAAAAUCAAGCAUCAACGUCAAAAUCAGAUAAUGAAAAUUCAACAUUUAAUAAUGAAGCAUCAACAUCAAAGGAAUGUGAAAAGGAAAGUAAAGAAAAAGAAAACGAAAAGAAAGAAAACUAUAAGAUUGAUGAUGAUGAUUAUUUUGAUUAUGGCAUUGAUUUCGAUGUUGACGAUGAUUAUGAUGAUUAUGAUUAUUACGAUGGUUAUGAUGAUUACGAUAAUUAUGAUGAUUACGAUGAUUACGAUGAUUAUGGUGAUCACGAUGAUUUCGAUGGUUUUGAUGUUGAGGAUGAUUUUAUUUUUGAAUCACAUUUAGCUGAAACUAUACGUAAAACAUUGAUGCACUGUAAUAAUAAAUUAAAGAUUCUUCAAUUAAAAAGUUGCUCUUUUGCCGGAUUAUCAUCCAAUGAUUUAUUAUCAAAAAUCACAAAUUUUACAAAUUUGGAGAGACUCGAUGUCAGUGACAAUAUUAUUAUUAAUGAUGAAAUUCUCAGUGCCAUUGGAGCAAAUUGUCCAAAACUCAACGUUCUCAUCAUUAAUAAUUGUGGUGAAAUAACGGACGUUGGUAUUGGAGGAAUUGCAUUAUUACCAGAUUUAAAACAUCUUUCAAUGUGUGACAAUAAAUCUGUAACUGGUCGACAAUUAUCAACAUUAUGCACAUUAAGAACAUUAUAUUGUGCACGUUGUGUAUCACUUGUUGAAGAUGGUUUAGAUACAUUAAUUCUCAAUUGUCAUGAACUUGAACAAUUGGAUAUUCAAUAUUGUAAAUUAAUAACAAAUUCAAUUAUUGAUAUUGUUUCAAUUUCAUUGGAAAAUCGUGUCAAUAAUAAUGUGAAAUUGAAAAUUUUUGCACGUGGCACAUCAAUUGAUGUGAAAAAUGUGAAAAUUGAAAAUUUACAAUUAAUUGAAAUAUUCAUGGAAGCACGACAGGAUUAUUUAGAUUCAUUUAUCGAUGGUAAACGUGGAACGGAAAAAACUGCAUCAAACGAUAGACUGAAAUUAAGAGAUUUUCGUGGAAUAAUAUUCGAAAGUAGUACAAUUGAGGAAAAAAAAGAAGACUGAAACAUGGUGAAAUUGAUAAGAUUUAGAUUAUUAUCACCGAGUAUUUUCUAAAAAAGAAAAAAAAAAGACUAUUAUUUCUUACAGUUACAAAAGACGUUAGUUUAUUUUUUCUGUCAGUUUUUUGUCUUAAAUAAGACGUGAACUACAUAAAAAAAAAAGAUUUAUCAAAAAAUAAUCUUAUCAGUGAAUUAGAAAAAAAAAUUUACUGUAAAAAUUGUUAUACAUGUUUCGAUGUCAAUGAAUGUUUAAAAAAAAAUUUUUUAAUCCAAAUAGAAAAUAUUUGGAAAUUCCUUUAAAAAGAAAAAGAAAAACAAUUUUUCUUGUUAAUUUCAUACUUUUGUUUCUUUUUUCAUUUACU